AUGCUGACUGCUGGGGAGGAACUCUGGUUCAUGGGGCCUGGGGGCAGUGUGGAGAAACCAGAACUGGAGGAGCAGCCAGAAUGCAGAGAAGAAAAAAGAGGCUCUCUGCAUGUUUGGAAGUCUGAAUUGAUUGAAGUUGAAGAUGAUGUGUAUCUGAGGCACAGCUCUUCCCUGACUUAUAAACCUUGA